AUGAGAUUCCGUAGUGAGUUUAACUUCCUUUUCUGUGGGAAGCAAAUUGAUUUUUUUUUGUAUUAAAAAAGUAAUCUCGAACUGGUUGCUCUGGGACGUUUAUCUAUAAGGUGAAAAUGGCCAAUCUAGAGCAGUGGGUAAGCGAUAAUCUCCAUGACAUUCUCGGCCUGAGUGACAAGUAUGUCUCCCAAUUCAUGAUCGGUUCUGCGAGAAAAUCCUCAAGCCACCAGGACUUUGUGGCUCGCCUCCAGCAGACAAACACCAUUGACAUUAAUCAGAGAGUGAUUGCUUUUGCCAAAGAACUCUAUGAUAAGAUUCCUCGGAAACAACCUGUUGAGAAACCAGCCAGAGCGAUUGAGAGACAAGUAAUUGAGAUGGAAAAAAAGAAUCUGACAUACACCUUACUGGAGGACAGCGAGAGUGAUGGAGAGCCUCCAACAGAGAAAGAGAAAGAGAAAGGGAAAAAGAGUAAAAACAAAGGAAACAAAAGAAAACACAUUAGACAGAAACAGGAGGAAAGAGACUCUUCGAGUGAAGAAGACAUUCAGAAAAGAAGUAAUGAAAGUGAGAAGACAAACAAACAAGACGAUGACGAAGAGGAGGAAUGGGAGAAGGAGGAGAGAGAGCGGCUGCAAGAUCUGGAAGAAAGGGAUGCCUUUGCUGAAAGAGUGAAGCUGAAGGACAAAGAUAAGACACGGAACAUCAUGGAGAGGACUGACAAGAAGGCAUAUGAGGAGGCUCAGAAGAGACUAAAGUUGGCAGAGGAGGAUCAGAAAAAAUUUCUUCCAGAGCUGAGGAAGAAGUCACGUUUUGAGUACUUGAGUAAAAGAGAGGCAGAGAAGCUGGAGGACCUGGAGGCUGAGAUUGCUGAUGAUGAAUACCUUUUCUCCAAUGACAACCUGACUGACAGAGAGAGAAAGGAACUGGAUUACAAACGCACCAUCCGAGACUUGGCUAAGGACUACAAGCAGGCCGGAGCCAGGGAGAAAGAGGAGAGGAAGAACCGCUACUACAUGCCUGAAGAGAAGAGGAGUAAGACGGUGCCUCAGAGAGACAUGGAGCUGGAGUUGGAGAUGCCUAUGGAGAUGGGAGGGGAGCAGGGCCGGUGGGAAGAAGAAAGGCUAAAGACUGCCUCCCUCAGCUUUGGGGCAAAGAGGGAGAGGGAGCGAGGGAUGAAAGAAGAGAAGGAGAAGUAUCAGCUGAUUCUAGAGGAGGACGAGAUGAUCAACUUUGUCAGCAGUGCUGUCACAAUGAAAGGAACACUUUCAGAAAUGGAGGACAGUACCCCGGCCUUGUCCCAAGCAGAGGUGCAGAGACAGUCAAUCCAGGAGGUGAGACGGAGCCUGCCUGUCUUCCCCUACAGACAGGAUCUUCUGGCUGCCAUCAAGGAACACCAAAUCCUGAUCAUUGAGGGGGAGACGGGCUCUGGAAAAACCACCCAGAUCCCACAAUACCUAAUGGAGGAUGGCUAUAAUGAGGGUGGAAUGAAGAUUGGUUGUACUCAGCCACGUAGAGUAGCAGCAAUGUCUGUUGCAGCCAGAGUUGCACAGGAAGCGGCUGUCAAACUGGGCAAUGAGGUGGGCUACAGUAUCCGUUUUGAGGACUGCACGUCAGAGAGGACGGUACUUAAAUACAUGACGGACGGCAUGCUGCUGCGCGAGUUCCUAACAGAGCCUGACCUGGCCAGCUACAGUGUGGUCAUUAUUGACGAGGCUCAUGAGAGGACACUGCACACAGAUAUCCUGUUUGGUCUAAUCAAGGACAUUGCCCGGUUCCGACCGGACCUUAAAGUGUUGGUGGCAAGCGCCACUUUAGACACAGAACGGUUUUCGUGCUUCUUUGACGAUGCGCCCGUCUUCAGAAUCCCUGGCAGGAGAUUCCCAGUAGACAUCUUCUACACCAAGGCCCCUGAAGCAGAUUACCUGGAGGCCUGUGUGGUGUCAGUGCUCCAGAUCCACGUCACGCAGCCCCCUGGAGAUGUGCUGGUUUUCCUCACUGGACAGGAGGAGAUUGAGACCUGUUGUGAGCUGCUGCAGGAGAGGUGCAGGCGCCUGGGCUCCAAGAUCUCUGAGCUGUUGAUCCUGCCUAUCUAUGCCAACUUGCCUUCUGACAUGCAGGCCAAGAUCUUCAAUCCCACUCCCCCUAACGCACGCAAGGUGGUGGUGGCUACCAACAUCGCAGAGACCUCUCUGACCAUAGAUGGCAUCAUCUAUGUCAUUGACCCAGGCUUCUGCAAGCAGAAGAGUUACAAUGCACGCACUGGAAUGGAGUCGCUAAUAGUCACGCCCUGCUCACGGGCCUCGGCUAACCAGCGAGCGGGAAGGGCAGGCAGAGUGGCUGCUGGGAAGUGUUUCCGUCUCUACACAGCGUGGGCUUUCAAACACGAGAUGGAGGAGACCACUGUUCCUGAGAUCCAGAGGACUAACCUGGGAAAUGUAGUGCUGUUGCUCAAGAGUCUAGGCAUCAAUGACCUCAUCCAUUUUGACUUCAUGGACCCGCCCCCUCAUGAGACCUUAGUUCUUGCUCUGGAGCAGCUCUAUGCACUAGGUGCUCUCAACCACCUGGGAGAACUCACUAAGAUGGGCCGCAGGAUGGCUGAGCUGCCUGUUGACCCUAUGCUCAGCAAAAUGAUCCUGGCUUCUGAACAGUAUAAGUGUUCAGAGGAGGUGCUGACAAUAGCUGCAAUGUUAUCUGUCAACAACUCCAUCUUCUACCGGCCCAAAGACAAGGUGGUCCAUGCUGACAAUGCCAGGAUGAACUUUGUGGUGCCAGGAGGAGACCACAUGGUGCUGCUUAAUGUAUACACACAGUGGAUGGAGAGUGGCUACUCCACCCAAUGGUGCUAUGAGAACUUCAUCCAGUUCCGCUCCAUGAAGCGGGCCAGGGACGUCCGUGAGCAGCUGGAGGGGCUGAUGGACAGGAUUGAGGUGGAGGUGUGCAGUUCCCAAGGAGACAUUGUGCCUCUACGCAAGGCGAUAACUGCGGGCUAUUUCUAUCACACGGCACGGCUGAGUAAAGGGGGCUAUAAGACAGUAAAGCACCAACAGACUGUUUACGUCCAUCCUAACAGCUCCCUGUUUGAGGAGCAGCCUCGCUGGCUCAUCUAUCACGAGCUGGUCUUCACCACCAAGGAGUUCAUGAGACAGGUCAUAGAGAUAGACAGUGGCUGGCUGCUAGAAGUGGCGCCCCACUAUUACAAGAACAAAGAGCUAGAGGACAGCAGUAGCAAGAAGAUGCCCCGCAAGCAGGGCAAAGCCAAGGAGGAGCUGGGCUAAACACAAGACAAGGAUGGACUUCUGGCUAGAUGGACACGCCCCCUUUUACAAACAACUUGGCAGCUACAGCAGAACUAGUUAAUACCAUGGGGCCAAAUAGGUGUUUCAUUGCCCAUGUGGAUGGACUUAAUCAUGAACCCCUAAUAGAAGGUAGAUCAAGUCGACAGCCGGAAAAUAUUAUCUGUGUCUGUCUUGGUUAACUGCCAAAUCACUUGAUGAAGUGGUGGACGGACAAGGAGCACUGCUUUGUUUUUUGGUCCUCUAAGUUGUUUUGUUUUCUGAAACUUUCUGUAACCUUAAAAAUAAAGGUAGCAGUUUAAGUGAUGAGUCCA